AUGGUUAACUUCUUUCGAAAGUUCAUACAAAAUUUCGCCGCCAUAGCAGCACCCCUGUAUGAACUAACCAAGGACAAAGCAAAAUUUGAAUGGGGUCCGCGCCAGCAACAAGCUUUUGACGAACUACGGAAUAAACUCAUAACCAAGCCAUGUUUGGCGUUCCCUCAAGAACGUGAUUUUAUCCUCCACACGGAUGGUAGUCAAGUUGCCGUAGGCGCCGCAUUAUUCCAGCAAGCAGCCAGCGAUGAGAAAUCCCUAUUAGCUAUUGGCUAUUACAGUAAAGCUCUAUCCCAGUCUCAACAAAAGUGGAGUCCCACUCAUAUAGAACUUUUUGCAAUGGUAAGCGCUCUUCGUUUCUUCAAAGCCACUAUUUACGGCCAUUUGACCCGUAUUUUUUCUGACCACCGCCCACUGACGUAUCUUCUCAAACACAAUAAGACCCAUGAUAAUUUAGCGCGAUGGGUAAUAGAGUUGCAAAGUUAUAACAUAACCAUAGAAUAUUUGAAGGGAUCAUCAAAUGUUGUGGCCGAUUGCCUUUCACGAUCAGUCAACCCUCAGACUCAGUUUCAGGAUAACACCCCAGAGUCUGAAGACAUAGUAGAAUUUCCUAUGUGUCUAGCGGUACAAGGUUAUUGUUUGCGUUCUCUCCAACCAACCAAUUCCUCCCUUGUUACUCCAAUCGCGAUUAAGCCCUAUGAUGCCUUACUAGAGCAGAAGCGCGACCCAGUUUGUAGCCCUAUCAUGUCGUUCCUGGAAACAGGACAAUUUCCCGAAAAUGUCUCGGAAACAGAUAAGGCCCAAUGGCUUCGCUUAGCUGAAGAUUGUCACCUACGCGCAAAUGGUUGUUUGUACCAUCUUACCAAGUCCCCCCAGCGCCCCGACGCCGUUAUAGAACAACUCUUCUUACCGGAAAAACUCCGUGAACCAGUCUUUCACGCAAUGCACACCAGCGCUACAGCUGGCGGACAUUUUAAUUGGCGCAAAACUUUAGCGAAAAUCGCGCGAAAAUACUUUUGGCCACAUAUGUCCGAGCAGAUUUUCGCCCUCUCCAAGGCGUGUGAUUCCUGCCAACGCAAACGCGCCCAGGCACUCAAUCGCGAGAAAUUACUCCCAGUAGUCACCACAACCGUAUUCGAUAAAGUUUAUAUGGACCUUACCGGUCCUUUACACACUUCCGAAUCAGGUAAUAAGUACGUGUUGGCCCUGUUGGACCACUUCUCCAAGUAUGUUAUCACAGCACCCUUACCGGAUUGCAGCGCGGUCACAGUAGCUCACGCCAUUAUGACUGAAUGUAUACUCAAAUUCGGUGUCAUGACACAGCUUAUUUCAGACAAUGCCUCCUACUUCAAAGGAGAGCUCAUAUCCGAGAUUGGACGGUUGCUACGCAUUGGACGAUAUUUCACUACCCCGUAUCGCCACGAAGGCAAUGGAGCUUACGCAAACGAUCCUGGCCCCGGGCAGCCUGCUAAUCCUAGCGCUAGCCCUGCUGGGCCCUCACCAGUGACAUCCUCGUCAGGAUUACCCGGCGAGGCUAUGGAAUGCGACUCGACAGUUACUCCUACACCAGCUGCAGGCAUGGAACAACUAACCGCGCCUACUCAUGUGCCACUCACCUCCGAGUCGAGAGAAAUGGAAGCAUUAAUGUCCACUUCCACCAGUGCCGAGCGUGAAUCUUCCUCAACCUCUGAUCUUGGGGUCCCCGCACGCGAGGAGCAUGACAGCGAAUGGCUUUGGCUUGAAGAUCGUCUUGACCAGUUUGAUAGCUACAUUCGUGAUCCUCGCGCAGCGAAGAAGCGCAUGGCUCAUCUCUUUAGAGUUGCUUGUUCAGCACUCGCUGCGGCCGAAUCGUCUACUGAAGAACCUUGA